AUGCCGGAGGGCACCAAAGGGAAAGCCGCAUCAAGAUACACACCCAACCAAAUUCCCCGACUUCCGCAUCCAACCCUCCAACAUGUUUCGUCCUCUUCUCAUCGCCACCAUCCUCGCCCCCUCGCCCUCGCCGAGUUCUCCGACGUCUUCUCCAUCCUCGAAGACGGCGCGUGCCGCUCCUGCCUCCUCGACAUCUACAACCCGUGCGCGGCAGCCGACAAGUACAGCGAAAGCCUCACCGGCGCCUUUUCCGAGUGCGUCUGCGGGUCGGCGGGCGAGGCCGCGGCCAAGAGCUGCCGGGAGAAGAGCUGCACCGACACCAUCGGCGGGCUCUCGGUGGAUACGUUUUACAACACGUGGUGCCUCAACAGCAACCAGGGGUUCCGCGAGGACAAGUGCGCGUUGACGGACCGCGAGUUCGAGUUCUACGUGACCAAUGCCGGUCCUGCGCUGACGACGGCGUGCGACGCCCUCCGGCGAGCGGACGAGGACGAGGCGGCCACUGGUCAGGAGGUGCGACGCCUACGGCGGGUGGUGCGGGGAGUUCGAAUACGGCGCCGGCAGGUGGGAACUCGGCUGGUGGGGAUUCCGCGGCCGGAAGGGUAG